AUGCAGCCUCUGAACAAGUUGAUGGCUAUCUCAAAACCUCAAAACCUGAUUCUACAUGAACAAAGUGAGGCCCCGAGAGUAGAUGUGUCCUGGCAACAGGAAUCCAUCCCAGUCAUGGAAACCUAUGACUCUGAGGCCUCUCGUCAAAGAUUCAGAAAUUUCCAGUACUUGGCAGUGUCUGGGCCUCAUGAAGCCCUGUGCCAACUCUGGGAGCUCUGUCUUCAGUGGCUGAGACCAGAGGUUCAUACAAAGCAGCAGAUCCUAGAGCUGUUGGUGCUAGAACAAUUUCUGACAAUUCUCCCUGAAGACAUCAGGACUUGGGUGAAUUUACAACAUCCAAGGAACAGCAAAGAAGUGGUGACCCUCAUAAAGGAUGUGAUUGAAAUACUUAAAGAUGAAGAGAUACCCUGCAAGGAUUGUGUCAUCCUCCAGAAGGGGAACAUCAAGGAGAAAAUGGAAACUGACUCACUAACUAGCAAUUCUCAGGAACCAAUAACAUUCAAAGAUGUGAUUGUGGAAUUCAGCGAGGAAGAGUGGGGACAACUGGACCCUGCUGUGAAGACCCUGUACAGGGAUGUGAUGCUGGAGAACUACAGGAACCUGAAUUCAUUGCAUCAAGAACAUCUACUUUACAAGCCAGUUGAGAUCUCCAAGCUGGAGAGUAAGGAAAGAAGAUGGACAGUGGAGCAAGAAAUCCCAAGCACAUCUGUUUUGGACAGAGAGGUAAUUUCAGAAAACCAAGAUUCAGUUCCAAAGCAGAGAAUUUCUGGAAAAGAAUCAUCUCCUGGAGUGAUUAUGACAAGACUGACCAAAAGCGGAUCCCCUUCUUUAGAUGCUUGGAUGAGCAAUGACUGGUUAAAUAGGAACCAGGAACACUGGGACAUAAAUUUGCCAGAAGAAGCUUUUGUUCAUAAGACAGUCUACACUGAAGUGGGAAACUUUGAAGGUAGUGAGAAUAAGAAAAGUUUAGAUGUUAAGUCAGUUAAUUCAACUUUGGGCAUACAACAAGGAAUUCCUAUGAGAAAAGGGUCCUCAAAAUGUGGUAAGUUUAAAACUAACUUCAAAUUUAAUUUAGACUCUGGUAAGCAAUAUUCAGAAUAUAAUGAAUGUGGGAAUGCCUUGAGCCUGAGUAUAGAUAUUCAACACCCAGAAAGUCAUACCUUAGUGAAUUCCUAUGAAUGCUAUCAAUGUGGGAGAGCCUUCAGUCGGAGUUCAUCCCUCAUUAGACAUCAGAUCAUUCACACAGGAGAGAAACCUUAUAAAUGUAGUGAAUGUGGGAGAUUCUUCAACAGACGUACAAACCUUACUAAGCAUCAAAAAAUUCAUACUGAAGCAAAGGUCUGUGAAGGCAAUAAAUGUAGAAAAGGUUUUAGUGAGACUGAAGACAGUAAUAAAAAUUCAAGACUUCAUUCUGGAGAUAAUCCCUACGAAUGUGUUAAUUGUGGAAAAUCCUUCAGCCGAAGCUCUUCCCUUAUUCGACAUCAAAUGAUUCAUACAGGAGAGAAACCAUUCAAAUGUAAGGAAUGUGAGAAAACUUUCAACAGGAGUUCAAACCUUAAAAAACACCAAAAACUUCAUACUCAGGAGAAGUCCUGUAAAAGGAAGAAACCUAUGAUUAACGACAUCAAUGAAUUUAUACUAGAGGGAAUCCUGUGA